UGAUUGAUAUAAUAGGUAUAGUAAGAGUAAGUAUACUCCGUACAAGAAAGUGCAAGAUGAACAGAAGUAACAUUUCGAGUAUGGUUCUUAAGACUCCGGAAAAGGAAAAACGGCUCUCCAGAAUCCUCAACUAACUACGUACAUACUGCAACGAUACUGGUGGAUUCUCUCCUCCGUCUCCGUUUUUCUUUCUUUCUUUCUUCUUUCUAGAUUGCAAUCAAUGUACGGGGUUUCUUCGGGAUGAUCAAAGCGGCAUCUACUUUUGAUUCCCGACCAAAUCUUUCAUCAACCUCCUACCAACCAAGGUCCAGGUAGAAUGAGAAUGGCUCCUUAUCCCCGCGACCCCGCACCAAAAAAUCCCAUAGAGGGGAUAAAACAUGACGGUGACGAUGAUGAUGAUGAUGAUGAUGAUGACUACAUGUCCAUGGUAAUCGAAGAGCCGCAACAGAAGGAAACAUUCACGCAGAAGAAACGUCGACUACAACGAGAGGCCGAAGCUCGCGCCAAAGUCCCCUCGAAAGCUGAACGCGCCGCCCAAGAAGCCGCCCGUCGCGAUGUCGCUCUCGCUACCAGCACCCUGGACCCCUCGAACAAGGGGUUUCAGAUGAUGGCUAAGCUCGGGUUUAAACCAGGCCAGAGUCUCGGAAAGCCGGUCACACCUCCGACUCCAUUGGCUGGGAAUGAAAGUGGAGAGAAUGGGCGGCCACCACGCACCGAACCCCUGAAUCUCGUGUUUAAGGAAGAUCGAGGCGGUAUCGGGUUAGAGAGCGAGCGGAAGCGCAGAUUCAAAGAGGAAGUCGAGGAUGCGGUCAAGAAGGUUAAGCAGGACGAAGGGGAUUAUCGGGAUCGCGUGAGGAUGGAGCGAGAGACCCGGCGAACAGAGGCGCAGAUACACGGGGCACAGAGGGUGGCGGAGAGAUUAGAUGCUGAAGCGGAAGGGAGGUCUGAUGAACCCUCCACUUUUCGUGAGAAGAAGAAGACGACGAAUGAAGAAGAAGAAGAAGAAGAAGAAGAAAACGAGCCGCGCAAAACAAAAGGGAAAGUGAAAGUAAGGCCAACAUUACAAAUACCUGUUCUCUACCGCGGCCUGGUGCGCGAACGGGAAGAAAAAGAACGCAAUCUCCAAACACGACAUAUGCUACAAACCUCCCUUCCAUCGUCAUUCUUCCCUAGUCCGCGCUUACCGGGAUACGACGACGCGACACUAGAGCAAGAAGACCGGGAAGCGCUUGGCGGCGGACGCGAACUCUCGAGUAUUCUCGAGCAAGAAUUGGAAGAAGACGAAGACCCGGAGCUGGACGAGUUCAAUGCUCUUGAGCCGACGGAGCGGUUGAAACAGUUGGUGCAGUACCUCCGGGAGAAACACCAGUAUUGUUUCUGGUGCAAGUAUCGAUAUGAAUCAGCGGCGAUGGAAGGAUGUCCUGGAGAGACGGAGGAAGACCACGAUUGA